UUUCAGUCGUUCGACAUGGCCCGUACCAAGCAGACCGCUCGUAAAUCCACCGGGGGCAAGGCGCCCCGCAAACAGUUGGCCACCAAAGCAGCUCGCAAGAGUGCGCCGGCCACUGGAGGAGUCAAGAAACCCCAUCGUUAUCGUCCCGGCACCGUCGCCCUUCGUGAGAUCCGUCGCUACCAAAAGUCGACCGAGCUUCUGAUCCGCAAGUUGCCAUUCCAGCGCUUGGUCAGAGAAAUCGCCCAGGAUUUCAAGACCGACUUGCGUUUCCAGAGCUCGGCCGUCAUGGCCCUGCAGGAGGCCAGCGAGGCUUACUUGGUGGGUCUUUUCGAAGACACCAACUUGUGCGCCAUCCACGCCAAGCGAGUCACCAUCAUGCCAAAAGACAUCCAGCUCGCUCGCCGUAUUCGUGGUGAACGUGCUUAAGCGACCUAUUCCCUUUUGAGUUACCAAUCGGCCCUUUUCAGGG